CGCGGAGCGCAAAUAAAUGUAGCGCGGUGGCGCGGGCGGGCAGCUCUGUCCGUGGGGCUGCGGUGCAGCCAUGCAGUUCCCGCACCCGGGGCCCGCGGCUGCGCCCGCCGUGGGAGUACCGCUGUACGCGCCCACGCCGCUGCUGCAGCCCGCUCACCCGACGCCCUUCUACAUCGACGACAUCCUGGGUCGCGGGCCCGCCGCGCCCACGCCCACCCCCACGCUGCCAUCUCCCAACUCCUCCUUCACCAGCCUCGUGUCCUCCUACCGGACCCCGGUGUAUGAGCCCACGCCGGUCCACCCCGCCUUCUCGCACCACCCCGCCGCCGCGCUGGCCGCCGCCUACGGUCCCGGUGGCUUCGGAGGCCCUCUGUACCCCUUCCCGCGGACGGUGAACGACUACACGCACGCCCUGCUCCGCCACGACCCCUUGGGCAAGCCCCUGCUCUGGAGCCCCUUCCUACAACGGCCCCUGCACAAAAGGAAAGGCGGUCAAGUGAGGUUCUCCAACGACCAGACCAUCGAACUGGAGAAGAAGUUCGAGACUCAGAAAUACCUCUCCCCGCCUGAGAGGAAGCGUCUGGCUAAGAUGUUGCAGCUCAGUGAGAGACAGGUCAAAACCUGGUUUCAGAAUCGACGCGCUAAAUGGAGAAGACUGAAACAGGAGAACCCUCAAAGCAAUAAAAAGGAUGAGUUGGACAAUUUGGACGCUUCCUGUGGCCAGGGCCAGGACUCGCCUAGUGAGCAGAGUAAAGGCGCCUCUCUGGAUACUUCUCAGUGUUCUCCUUCCCCUGCUUCUCGGGAGGACUCCGAGAUCUCAGAGGAUUCGGACCAGGAAGUGGACAUUGAGGGUGACAAAGGCUACUUUAAUGCUGGAUGAUGGUCACCGGCAUCGUCCAGACACUGGACUUGCGGAUAAUGUUUUGCUACAAACUGGAAGACUAUGGGAGAGAAAAAGAAUGUCAUUCUUGUAGUGUUCUGAAACUGUUUAGUACACUGGCAUAAUUAACAAAUAUGCAUUGAAACCUUAAUUUUGACUUUGCAGAUCCUAUAUAUAUAUAUACAUAUAUAUAUGUAUAUAUAUAUAUACACAUAUAUAUGUAUAUAUAUACACACACACCAGUUUUAAGUUGCUUUGAUGAAGUGGCUUAAUGCAUCCCCAUUAAUUUCUAUUUAUGAGAAGUAAUUUGAACUUUCAUUUAAAACUUAAAUUAUAGCUUUAAAGGUUUUAAUAGGCUGUGCUUGAAUGACUUUUCCUAAAUCUGUGGCCAUACCCUCAGACUUCAGAGGGUCACUUAGAAAGGGGGCCCACAUUUGUGGCUUCUUGGAGCAGUUUAAAAGGACACACUCGACUUGUACAUAACACCUUACAUUGCUGCCUUAGCUCCAGUGCCGUUCCCGAGCUCCUGGCUCCAGGAGUGUGCUCUUAUAGGCAAGAUAGUUGAUAAGGUUCUGAAAAUCUUGUUUUGCUCACCCAGUGCCUUUGUUAAGGGAGGGCACAGUCGGACAGUCAGGGAAACUUACUCGACUCCUUUGUGACUGCAGGUAAUCCCAUGUGAACUACAAACUAGCAGGACAAUUAAAUGUAAGUAGAUUGUAGAUAGUGUGUUUUAUAGAAACAAUGUAUAGCAUGUAUAUAGAAUUAUCCCGUGUAAAAAUCCUGCCAAAAUGAUGUUUGAUUUUUUAAAGAACUUUUUUACUUGAUGAGUUAACUUUCGUGACCCUGUUGGAAUCUCUCAUUCUUUUCUUGAAAAGGCCUAAACACAUUACUUGAAUGGCUUUGGGGUAUGUGUGUGUGCUUGGCACAGGGCUAGGGGUAGGGGGCCCCAUGGGUGGUGGGGUGCCCAUCUCCUGGAGUGUGAAUUUGAGUUUUCUUAGGAGUGUUAGCUGGAGCAGAUGUGUGUGUUGGGGACCGAGCAGGGCAGGUUGGAGCUGCUAUGAGCAGUGCCAUCGAUUGGUGUGUGUGGCCACUGGCCUUGACCAGCAUGAGUCAACAGUGCAGCACCCUCACUCUGUCGGGAGCCGGGAGCCGAGCUCCCGUGCUUUGUGCGGGGCAAGGAAGGGUUUGGAGGAGCAGGAGAUUUAGAAACUCUGGGAAGGUGAAAGUCAGCGGCCUAGAGAGAAACUGAGUGAUAGCCGCUGCUCUGAGGUGCUAGCUGGUGUGAGACCCACGGGACCAGCACUCCGCCUCAUAUCACCCCCCCCCCCCACUACCACCACAGCUUUCCCUUUGGUAACUCCGGCCAGUGUUGGGGACAACAGCCAGAAGCAGGAAGCAUCAGGAAUCUGGUGGCUGGGAAGAGUGGGUAGGAAGAGUGCUGGCAGGUGGUGCGGCCCUGGGUAUUAACCUGCAGCCUGUCUAGAGAGCCCAGGUCUGACAGGUCUCCCACAGAGAUCUGAGGAGAGGCCCAGCUUGGCCUCUGUGGAGUCUUUUAGUUGUAUAGGAAAGAGCCUGUUAUAGAAUCCGUCCAAAGAAAUCUGUUGCUCCCCAUACGUAGACAUCCAGGAGAAGAUGGGUUCUCACACCCUGCCUCCUGAGAGUCCAGGAAGGUCAUGGAAUUGCGGGUGAAUCCGGUUUCCAGAAAAUACUGAGCACUGACUACUCUUUUGGCAGAGGGCAAGGGUAGGCCUGGGAGCUUAAAGGUCUACGUUGUAAUUUUAGUUCUUUGUCUCAGAACUUUGAGAGAACGUCCCAAUUGAGCUACGUGCCCGGCUCCAGGUCCCCCAGUCCCAGCUCAGUUCAUGCACUGCCUGAUUCUCCCCUCGCAUGGGUGUCAGAGCCCAAAGGAGCCAUCCAGAGGGAGGCCCCUAGUUCUAGACCUGCCUAACAGGUUACAUGAAGUUUCAAAGGCCAUAGUCGGUCUGCUCUGAAAGUGGGACUGUCUGUAUCCACGUUCUGGAGAAUGAGGCAUUUGAAUGGAAUUAAAAUGAUCCUGAAAUCUCUGUGUUUCAUUGCUGGAGAUAACCUCUGGGUAAUGUUUACUUGCGGGAGGAACUGGAUUGUGACUGCUAGGCAGAAGGUCAGCAGCUUCUGUAUUGAUUGACACUAGAAAAAGCUAAGAGGUGAAAUCUUGUUUUAAAGUGGACAAUUCGCUGAAAGUGUGCUGUUUUCCCAUUGGAAGCUAGCCCAGGUUCCCUUCAAGUAGCUCCGGUUCUGAUUCUAUACAUGCCCUUAAGACUUGAGCAUGUUGGUUGGAGGAGGCACAGCCUUCUCAGGACGCAGGUUAGCAUUAACUUCAGAAGGUGCUGUUACAGACUGCCCAUGGAUAUUUACAGACUCUUCCUACAAUCCAGACAUUUUUUUCCCUUGUUUGUCCUUUGGCUGUUUCACGUCGGAGCAGCAUAGAUGACCUUUAUGGCACAGCUCCUCUCUUGUUUUUUAACUCUUUUUUUUUUAAUCAGGAGAUUCAACUUGAAAAACGGUUAUCAUUUAGCAGAAAGGCAAACAGAAAAGCACAUUUUUGUAAGCACAACGUUAAUGAUUGGAAGAAUUGUCCUAAUUUCACCAUGGCAGUGUGUGAUUAAUCCCCUGGGUCGUGUACUUAUACUUUAAGUUAUUCAGUUCAUUGCUCUUUGAUAUCCAGAAUGCUACCUAACUUAAUAGGGUAUUGAUCUCGCUGGAUGAUGUACUUUGACUCUUUACACAACAUCACUUUUGAGGAUGA